ACAAUGACAAUGUAUUGUAGUAAAAUUAAAAAUAGAAUUGCCAUUUGUCACAUUCAGAUAAACAUUGAUUUUUAAUAAAUAUUCAAAAUGCACGAACCUAUGCCAAAGAAUAUAAAAUCAUCAAAAAGCAGACUGGACUCUGCCCAUCAGAGCGAAGAUAUAGUGCAAAAAAAGCCGCCCAUGACAAAAGUCCAUUCGCACUUCCUAGUCCCCUCUGAGAAACUUGACAAGGUAACGAGGCGGGUUAUAGCCCCGUAUGCUCAGAUAGAGAGAAAAGGUUUGAAAGAAGAAGAAGAGAAAGUCGGAAAAUAUUUAGAUAUAAACAGAUUUAAUGUGUUCUUGGAGGAUACAGUCGAUCUAAAUGCUCUUCUGUAUGAGACCGCGAUGGUAUUGAAGACUGUUACUAAUAGCUCUGGUGUAUUCGUGUAUAUUGUGGAUAAGAUACACAAUGAGAUAGUUCUGAUGUCCCAAACCACAAAAAACCGGGAGCGACACGAAGUCAAUAUACCAAUUGAGGAAGGCAAGGUAGCGGCUGCUCACGUGGCCUUCACCAAAGAAUACCUUGUUAUUGAAGACGUCCCGCACGAUAGACGAUUCGCUGAAGGAUUAAAGUGGGUGGACGCGAAGGUGGCCCUGUGCAUGCCCGUCGUCAAACCAGAUGGAGACUGUCAUGCUGUAUUGGAGCUGUUUAGGACUUACGCGGAACCGUAUGAUAAUAACGUGGUAUACACAGUGGUGAGCGUGGCGUGCUGGGCAGGCGCGGCGGUGCACCAGGCGCAGGCGCGCGUCACAUUACAAAAGACCGCGCAUCUCAACACCGAGCUGCGAACUCUGCUGCAGAACUACUUCUGCGACCUGGCCUCUAUCGACACUAUGCUUACUGAUAUGCUGGCUGUCGUGAAAUCAUUUAUGGGUGCGGUGCGAAGCUGCUUCUUCAUAAUAGAUCGAGAUCACCUGGGUGAGCAUUUACUAGCUGAUAUGUGGGAUGAUGGAUGGGCAUCUGAGAAGACUACUAUGCCCAGGAAAAAGAUCAAAAUUAAUCUUAGCCAAGAGCAAGUGCCAGCAGGUCUGGUGGCGCGGACAGGUGAGAUGCUGAACGUGCGCGAUGCGUACAAAGACCCUCGCUUCACAAAGGAGAUCGACCCAACAACGGGCACGGUGGUCCGGUCCUGCCUCGCAUCACCCAUUAUGGAUAAACAUGGUGUUAUUGGUGUGGUACAACUAACAAACAAGACGAACGGGCAGCCGUUCAACACAGAGGAUGAGAUGAUAUUCAAAGUGUUCGUCAGCUACUGCUCGCUGAUCGUGCACUUCUACAACAUGCAACAGAGGAAGAUUUACCAUGAUAACACGAACAAAGUAUAUUCGGAGCUGAUGAGUCUUCAUCUAAAGCCUUGUCGACACGACAUGGAGGAACUAAUGGAGACUAAUGGUGUUGUUCUACCACCAAGCAACUUCAGAAGUUACGACUACCACAUAAGCGAGGGAAGCAAGGAGGACAUGCCGGGGCUGGUGGUGUACAUGUACACGGAGACGUUCGCGGACCGCAACUUCGACCGCGGCGCGCUCGCGGACUUCGCGCUCACCGUGCUGCGCUGCUACAGGCACAACCCGUACCACAACGCCGAGCACGCCUUCACGUUCACCCACACCAUGUUUCUGAUCCUUGUUGACAAUUGUGGAUACUUUGAUUUUGCUGAAACUGCCGCCCUAAUGCUGUCGGGGCUGUGCCACGACGUUGACCAUCCCGGUUACAACAACAACUUCCUGACGCUCUGCAAGCAUCCGCUCGCGCACAUGUACAAGUCCUCCAUGCUGGAGUACCACCAUUAUUUCCUCGCCAAGAAGAUUAUUGAGGAUAAGAACAUUCUCUCAAAGAUCCCGAUAGUGGACCGCGAUCGUAUCAUGGAAGAGAUAAAGUACGAUAUCCUGUGCACCGACCUAGCUGUGUACUUCCAAGUGCGAGCUCAGUUGACGCCAAUCCUUGGAGACCACUCGUUCGACUGGACCAACAACAACCAUCGGAGGAUGUUGAAGGGCAUUCUAAUGACAACCAGCGAUUUGUCCGGAUCCUGCAAACCCUUCGGCGUGUCCAAAGCGAUCACCGAGACUGUGUAUGAAGAGUUUUAUAAUCAGGGUGACAAAGAGCGCGCUAUGGGCUACACUCCACUAAGCAUGAUGGACCGCCGGCGCAGCAUCAACCAGCCCGCCGAGCAGAUCCAGUUUCUGUCAGUGGUGGUGCUGCCGUGUCUGUUGCUGCUGCAGAACGUCUUCCCUAAUACUGCGCAACUUACUGAUAAUUGCAGAAAAACCCAAGAGGCGUGGCACGAGGAGAUCGAGAUCCGAGGCCAGAAGCUGUGGCGGCAAGACGAGUCCAUACCCACCGCGGGCCGCAGCCGCUUCCUGAUCAAAACCAAGCUUGAUAGCGACAGUUGAACCUAAUAAAUUGUAUAACGUUAA